UCUUCCGGUUAAAACAAUCGUGGGAUACUGUUGAACAUGGCGAAUCUAGCGGCUGCUGUUGUUGCUGCCGCGGGCAGGGAUCCUGCAGUUGAUCGGUCUCUUCGUUCGGUAUUUGUGGGAAAUAUUCCGUAUGAGGCGACCGAGGAGCAGCUUAAAGACAUCUUCUCAGAAGUCGGCCUGGUUGUCAGCUUUAGGUUAGUCUAUGACAGAGAAACGGGGAAGCCCAAGGGCUAUGGUUUCUGUGAGUACCAGGACCAGGAGACGGCGCUUAGUGCCAUGCGGAACCUGAACGGGCGAGAGUUCAGUGGCAGAGCCCUUCGUGUGGACAACGCUGCAAGCGAGAAGAACAAGGAAGAGCUCAAGAGCUUGGGUACGGGUGCCCCUGUCAUUGAGUCGCCCUAUGGAGAUGGCUGCCAGCCUGAGGAGGCCCCGGAGUCCAUAAGUCGUGCUGUGGCCAGUCUGCCUCCAGAGCAGAUGUUUGAAUUGAUGAAGCAAAUGAAACUGUGUGUGCAGAACAGCCCCCAGGAGGCCAGGAACAUGCUGCUGCAGAACCCCCAGCUGGCCUACGCCCUGCUCCAGGCCCAGGUGGUCAUGAGGAUUGUCGAUCCCGAGAUAGCUCUGAAAAUGCUCCACCGUCAGACUACAGUUCCGCCCCUGAUCCCCAGCAGCCAGGCGGGUGUGGCUCCAGUUCCCAGCCAGCCCCUCUCCCAGCCCAACAUCCCAGCCUCUCAGCCACAGCCAAUGCCAGGCAUGCACGUGAACGGCGCCGCCCAGAUGAUGCAGCCCCCCCAGAUGGUGGGCGGUGUGACGGGCCCCAUGCCGGGACAGGGGCCGCUGGGUCCCGCAGUUGGAAUGCAGCCCCAGAUGGGUAUUCCCCAGGGAGGUCCUGUUCCUAUGGACAGGGGCCAAGGGAACCCUCAGCACUCCCCCGUAGGACCGUCAGGGCCGGCUGCUAUCGAUCGGCCGCAAGUGCCCAUGGCGGACCCUCGGGCGCCCAUGCGUGGGGGAGUUCCUCCGGGACCCGCUGUGGUGGCCCCCAGGGGCCUGCUGGGAGAUGGCCCCAACGACCCUCGUGGCGGCACUCUGCUUUCGGUGACGGGGGAGGUGGUGGAGCCCAGCCGCGGCUUUAUGGGAGCCCCUCCACACCAGGGCCCCCCCAUGCAUAUGACCCACGUUGGGAGCGGUCCCCCCCCUGACAUGCGAGGACCCCAUGAUAUGAGGGGUGGCCCAAUGGGUGAGCCCAGAGGCAUGAUGGGAGAGCCCAGGGGGCCCAUGAUGGAACAGAGAGGCCCACCCAUGGAUGCCAGAGCUCCCAUCCCUGGUGCCCGUGACCCCAGGGCAGUGGAGACCCGCAGCCUGGAUGCCAGGGGUCCUGUGGCCACCCAGAGGGUGCCCAUGGCGACAGGGAUGCAGGGCCCAGGCCAGCACGCCAUGCAGGCACCUGGCCUCUCGGGAGUUCCGCAGACGGGUGGAGGAGGAGGAGGAGGAGGAGGAGGAGGAGGAGGAGGCUUCAGCCCGGGCCAGAGUCAGGUCACCUCGCAGGACCAUGAAAAGGCCGCCCUGAUCAUGCAGGUGCUGCAGCUGACGCCGGAGCAGAUCGCCAUGCUGCCGCCAGAGCAGCGCCAGAGCAUCCUCAUCCUGAAGGAGCAGAUCCAGAAGACCGCGGGGGCGCCCUGAGGAGCAAAGGGGAGCAGCGCGGGGGAACCCGGAGGAGCCGACUGGCCGCUGUGCCCCUCCCUCUGCUGACACUCUCUGUUUUGUGUUGCCUGGAAGAUGCCUGCACAACAGAGCCCGCAAGACGGGUUCACAAUUGUAAAAUGUCUUUUUGUUUCUGUGUAUUAAUAUUUAGUGUUUUGGGGGAGGGUUAGGUCAGGUGCUAGAAAGGCAAAGCAGGGUGAGGUGCCAGUGCUGUGCCGUAGCUGCAGCCAGGAGCCCCUGGAACACUUCAGGACAGAUUCCAGCACACACAGCGAAGACCUGUUGCUACGGUGAUGUCUCUGGCAGGCUGAUGGCCAGUGUGUCGUCAUGCCACUUAUCCAAUCGUGGAUACCGUACCAUUCUUUUUGUAUAUUGGCUGUUAUUUUUAAAUGGAAACUGUCACUUCUGAAAAAUGUACUGUUUUCUUUGUCUUUGAAUAAAAAUGUCACAUUA